UUCUGAGGUGAAUACUUCAAUGGAUAACAAAUAUUCAAUGCAGCAACAUUGAUCUCCGUUACAAAGAAUAUUCUCCCUUCUUCUUCUUUUUCUUAUUCUUCUUCGCCAUCGCAGCAAUGUUCGUGUACAUGGUUUUAUCCCGCCACGUGUCAAAAACCAUUUCUCGAAGCUCAACGCUUCUCUCUGCUUCGCUGAGGUCCCAACACUUAUCCACCUUCUCCGAUCACUUCCAAUCCCUACUUCCCCAAUCGCAGAGCGAGGUCUCACCUUCCUCUGUGACCUCAAUAAUUGAUGGCUUGAAGAAACUCUACAUCCAGAAGUUGAAGCCAUUAGAAGUUACAUAUCGUUUUAAUGAUUUUGUAUUCCCAUUAUUGACAAAUAGUGAUUUUGAAGCCAAGCCAAUGGUUAUGCUUUUGGGUCAAUACUCAACUGGUAAAACAACAUUUAUCAAACAUCUCCUUAAAAGUAACUAUCCAGGAGCCCAUAUUGGACCUGAGCCUACAACUGAUCGGUUUGUUGCUAUCAUGUCUGGGCCUGACGAGAGAACCAUUCCUGGAAAUACUGUUGCUGUCCAAGCAGACAUGCCAUUUAGUGGUCUUACAAGUUUUGGCACGGCAUUUUUGUCAAAAUUUGAGUGUGCUCAGAUGCCUCAUCCGCUACUAGACCAGAUUACACUUGUGGAUAGUCCUGGAGUUCUAUCCGGAGAAAAGCAACGAACACAACGCUCAUAUGAUUUUACCGGUGUAACAUCUUGGUUUGCUGCCAAAUGUGAUUUGAUACUUCUCCUGUUUGAUCCUCACAAACUUGAUAUUAGUGAUGAGUUCAAGCGGGUGAUCUCAUCCUUACGCGGGCAUGAUGACAAAGUUCGAGUCGUUUUGAACAAGGCAGACCAAGUUGAUACUCAACAAUUAAUGAGGGUUUAUGGAGCAUUAAUGUGGUCACUUGGGAAGGUGCUGAAUACACCUGAAGUCACACGUGUGUAUAUUGGCUCCUUCAUCGAUAAGCCUGUAAAUGAUGCUGCCGGUGGUCCAAUCGGUAGGGAACUCUUUGAGAAAGAACAAGAUGACCUUCUUUCAGACCUAAAAGAUAUACCAAAGAUGGCCUGUGAUCGAAGAAUCAAUGAAUUUGUAAAACGGGCACGAGCUGCCAAGAUACAUGCUUGCAUUAUCAGUCAUCUUAAAAAUGAGAUGCCGGUUUUGAUGGGCAAAGCUAAAGCUCAGGAAAGGCUUAUUGAUAAUUUGGCUUCAGAAUUUGUAAAGGUACAAAGAGAAUUCCAUCUACCUCCUGGAGACUUCCCAGACAUUGAGCAUUUCAGAGAGAUAUUGAGUGGUUUCAAUAUUGACAAUUUUGAGAGAUUGAAACCAAAAAUGAUACAAGCAGUAGAUGAUAUGUUAGCUUAUGACAUUCCUAACCUCUUGAAGAAUUUUAAGAGUACCUAUGAUUAGUUUAAGAGCAAUUUUGCCAGUUAAAUAGUUUUUGCAUUGAUUGGAGUUUAAGAUAUCUGCAGCAUAUUGUAGAUGUUAUCAGAUAUCUUUAUUUUGUAUUUUCUAUUCUUUUUUGGGGAUUUAGACUUUGUUCUGUAUUAUUAAUCAUUUUUGUAAUAGCCAAUAAGUUCCAAGUCAGAAAAUAAUGUAAGAGUUGAUAACCUUC